AAUUAUAAUAUGAGUGAUUAACAAAUUACACACACACAUAACAUUCAAUAUUUAACAUCUAAAGAUAAGAGUGGUAAAUGCAUUCCGUAGUGGAAUUGAUCGUAAAGUACCAUCACCAAUAUUACGACGUGCUGCUGCAAUGAAAUCAUUAUCAAUGGAUGCAGGUAGUUAUGGUAGUUAUUCAAAUUUAUUUCCAUCAUCAACAUCGGCAACAGGAUUUGGACGUGGUAAUAUUACAACAACAACGGUUACAAAACCAAUUCAUCAACAACAACAACAACAUUAUCAUCAUAAUAAUCAAAAACAACAACAACAAUAUCUAUCUCAAAAUCAACAACAACAACAACAAUAUAAUCAUCCAACAUCAGCAGCAGCAACAAGCACAAAUGAUGUUAAACCACGUUUACCAAAAUCAGGUGAAAGUACUGAUCUUGAUGGUCUACAAGAUGAUCAAAUUGAAGCAUUAUUACGUUCAGAAACUGAACAAGCAUUAUUAGAAGAUGAAAUGAUGGAUGAUUUUGAUGAUAAAACUGAUAAUAGUUUAACAACAGUUAUUUAUGCAAAUCGUAUGAAAAAUAACAAUAACAACAACAACAACAAUGAAAUUAUUAUUAUAAAUGGAAACAAUCAACAACAACAACAACAAGUGUCAAAUAAUAAUAAUAAUAAUUCAAAUUUUCAUAAUAUAAUGUCGGAUAAUAUACCAACAACAACAUCAUCAUCACAUCAUCAUCAUCAUCAUCAAACAUCUUCACCUUCACCAUCAUCAACACAAAGUUCAUCAAAACCAUCAACAGCAAAUACAUCGAUUACGACUAAGCUCAGUUCUACAUCAACAUCAACAUCUACAUCACCACCACAAACAUCAUCAUCACUUGAAACACCUGUCUAAAAAUUUUCAACAAAAUUAACGGAAAAAAUUUGUGAAAAAAAAAUUCUAUCUAAAAAUCUGUUUCCACUGUUGUUGCUGCCAUCAAACACAUUGAUUUGCCUAUCUUGAUCAUUUGAUUAUCAUUGACAAUUUUGUUUUUCCUCCAUAAAUCAAAAGAAAAAUCAAACUACAACAACAACAAAUGGUCUUCAUUCAUCAAAUCUUCAUUGGGAAAAAA